AUGGCCUUUUUUUUUUGUUUCUUACUUGCCUUUUUUUACCGAAGUUCGAAGUGUAUGUGCUUACUUUCCGUGCUGGGUGAAUAUCGGCAAAUUUGCGAAGAGCUGGGAUUACAGCCGCUUUUGGCGCUAGAGAAAGCGUUUGCAGCAUCUCCCGAGAAGAUCGAUCUUAGUUUACUUAUUGUCUCGUCUAAGCACUUUGAAUCCCUUAUUAAACUGUUGGAGAGACGGGAUGACAUUGAAAGGGUGGAUCUUAGUGGUAUAAAAAUAACUAUGACUCAGCUAGUCCGAUUAUUUUCUGUUUUGAGUGAUGGCUGUGUGAAGGAACUUAUUCUUAGAAAUGUGCAUCUUGGGAUUCAAGGCGGAGAAGCUGUAAGGAAGCUAUCUAUUGCUUGCGAUGACCUAAUUUACGUUGAUCUUAUGGGUACAUUAUUACCUGAAUACUUGGAAGCUUCCAUUAAGACACAAGUGGAAAUGAAUAAUAUUUGUUUUCAAAAGAAAAUGCAAUAUUGGCAAAAAGCUGUGGAACCCGAAGCUCCGAGAUCAUGGCGCUGGCGAGUCGAGUCCUGGACUGAAGAAAACGAAACUGAACCGAAGAAACCAGUAGUAAAAUCAAUGCAGAAUGAUUCCCUUUGGGGAAUUGCACGUUCUGUUAUGGAAGGAGGCGUUCUCUUUACAGAUAAGGAAUUUCCACCUGAAGAAGCCUUGAAAAAUCCUAAUGUAACGUGGAUUAGGGUAAGUAGUCUUCUGACUGAAGCAAAGAAACGCGAAUGUUGUUGUGUGGGAGAAAAGCCCCUAUAUCAUUCUAGGUACAAUGAUACAAAGAAUUUUUGCGCAGCUCUUAAUGUGGUGCAACAAUUUCAUCAUCUUAGCAAGCAACUCUGUGUAAGACGACUUCCAAAUUUGGGACUUUUUGCGUUUUGUUUUUGCAUAAGAUCUUCUUUGGUUACUGUUAUUGUGGAUGACCAAAUUCCUUUUUUAAACGGUGAACCUGCUGGGAUUCAUCACGGUAGAGAUUCUGAUGAUUACUGGGGUUGCUUGGUGGAAAAGGCAUUUGCUAAGCUUUAUGGUGGAUACGAUAAUAUUUCUGGUGUAACUUUUGGUUCUGCUCUUUCGCAAUUAACUGGUGGAAUUACUUUUGCAAUUGAUUGGAAAUUUUUGAGACAGAAAUUUACGGAAACUGAAUUGUUUCGAUUUCUGAGAGAUCUAACAAAUUCAAAAAAAAUUUUAUCUGCUCGUCUUAUUCCUCGUAAUUCAAUGGCGAUGCUUUCUGCAAAAGAAAAAGGUAUUGAACCCUAUAUGUCAUAUGUUGUAGCAGCUACUGAAGCACAUCGGGAUGAAAAGCCACACCCUUCAUAUAUGGUACAGCUUUCGUGUCCAAAUAAAUUAGAGUGUGAAGAUACUUUUUUUAUCUCUUAUUCAAAAAUGGAGUCUGUUUCUGGCCUUCCACGGUAUUGGAUAGGUUUUGAGGAUUUUUUGACGUAUUUUGACAAAAUAUGUCUUCUUCUUUGGCCUCGAAAUGAUCCAUUGACGAAUCAUAAGAAUGUUGUAGAACACAUAUGUGAGUGUUCUGGGGGAACAGAUAGCUCUUCAAAAUUUGCCACGAAUCCCUCUUUUUUGCUAACAAAUAUGGGGAAACCACAAUCUGAAAUCAUGAUUGUUCUGAGAAAAAGCGAUGAUUAUACCGCAAAUCGUUCAGAUUGGAUUCAAUUACAUGUACACAAAGUAAAUGAUAAUGGAAAUGAAAUCGAACGACGGUAUGAUAUAUGUUCAAGAAAUGCUUUGCUAUGUACCGAAAAACUUUAUGAUGAAGAAGUCGCCUUUGUUAUACGUUUAAGAGAAAAUGAACGUUUGCAAAUUACGGCAUCGGCUUCUUCUCGAUGUAUAUGUACUUUAACUGCAACCUCAACGGAUAGAUUUCAAAUAAAUCCUUUUCCAUCUUUUUAUGAAUGUACGAUAGAGGGUGUUUUAACCAAGAGGGAUGUUUUAAAUUCUUCACUGGUCUUAACAAACACUAGCCAAGAAAAGGUUGAAAAAAUUGUGGUGGCACUUUCUCAAGAACCUGUAAGGAAAAGAACUCAUUCUGUCGGUUUGGAGCUUUGGGUAAAUCCAGAUUUUUGUUGUGAAGAUGGUCGUCCUCACUUUGUCACCGAAUUUCGGAGAGAUGUUCUUGUGGUUUUUUGCUUUGAUUUAUGUGUUAAACCCAAUGAUAAAAUAAAUAUUAUUCCAUUAACGAAGAAGCACUCGGAAAAUGUGCCCUUUGCCAUGAGUGUUUAUUCUUCAGUCCCUUUAGAAAGAGAAAACAAAAUGAUCUGA